CGGCUCGUUAGCCAGCACGUACAUGCUCUCUGUGAACUUGUCCGUCACUGCAGAGUCAAGCACACACAUAGAAAACACGACAUUAGAUGCAACAAGCGGCAACGUCAAGCAUCGGGGGACAGGGAUGAAGGCGCUGAGCUAUACACAACAUUAGCGGUGCAGCGUUAGCUUAGCGGCUAAGGCGAGCUAACGGCUACUUGCACAGCUGCGAGGUGGCGAUGAGUGAUCAUGGAGGCCAGAGGAGAUGAGGAGGCUGAUGCAAGUCCAUGCGAGUCCACAGAUGACAGGUCCUAUGAGAUCAUGGAUGUGGAUGAAGACAGUUUGUUCAGACACUCCACCACUUUGACCAACAAACAGCGUGGGAAUGAGGUCACCGUGCGUCCAGCGACAUUAGACUCUCUGUCCAUACACCAGCUGGCAGCUCAAGGCGAGGUUUCACAAGUGGCUGCACACCUGAGUAAAGACAUUUCACUGCUCAGCAGGCAGGACGAACGGGGCUUCACUCCUCUCAUGUGGGCAGCAGCGUUUGGAGAGAAAGCAAUGGUGGAUUUUCUCUUGGAAAAGGGUGCAGACCCCAAAACAAUAGCAAGGGAGCGAGAGAGUGCCCUGACACUGGCCAGCUCUGGAGGUUACGUGGACAUUGUCGAAUCUCUUCUCAGACAUGGAGUCGACAUCGACACUUACGACUGGAAUGGGGGAACUCCUCUUCUUUAUGCUGUACGAGGGAACCACAUCAAAUGUGUCGAGGUGCUCUUAGCAAAGGGAGCAGACAUGACCAUUGAGUCAGACUCUGGGUACAGCCCAAUGGCCUUAGCUGUUGCGCUUGGACACAAAAAGAUUCAGAAAGUGUUGGAGGACCAUAUUCUGAAACUCUACAAGCCAACGUCAACACGACAGGAAUUCAAAUAAAUGACACAGUUGAUCUCAGAUGACUUAGACCUCUGUUACAACUUAUUGUAAUAGAUUACUUUAUGCAGAGAAAUUUACACUGCAUUUUAAUUUAUAAAGCAUUUAUUCCAUUUAUGUGCAUUACCCUGUAUGCAGUGGUUGAGGGACAG